ACUUUUUGGGUGGUGCCUGUGAAAGGAUUGAACACAGUAAGAAAUUGAAUUGAACACACACACAGUGAUCUCUAGAGAGAGAGAGAGAGAGAAUCAUCUGGAUUUUCUGCAAGUACAUUUCUCUUUUCGCUGCCGGUUCGAGCCAUUCGGGGGUUUGGAGAGGAGAGCAGAGCGAUGGAGAGAACCACUCCGGUGAGGAAGCCUCACACAUCCACCGCAGAUCUUCUCACAUGGUCCGAAACGCCUCCGGCCACCGCCUCCGCCGCCCGCUCCUCCGCACCCCGUUCACACCAGCCAUCGGAUGGGGUCAGCAGAGUGGUCUUCGGAGGCCAGGUUACCGAUGAGGAAUUUGAGAGUUUAAACAAAAGGAAACCUUGUUCAGAGUAUAAACUAAAGGAGAUCACUGGUAGCUCCAUUUUUGUAGCUGAAGCAGGAAAUGAUACACUAGAAUCUGAUAGUGCUACUCUAAGUAACAAAACUGGAUUACGUAUGUACCAGCAAGCUGUUGCUGGAAUCAGCCAUAUCUCUUUUGGUGAAGAAGAAACUGUUUCUCCCAAGAAACCUAUCACACUGCCUGAGGUGGCAAAACAGCGUGAAUUGAGUGGGAAUCUUUUAAGCGAGUCUGAGGCAAGGUUGAAGAAGCAACUCUCGGAUGCAAAAUGUAAGGAGCUUAGUGGCCACAAUAUCUUUGCUCCCCCUCCUGAAAUUCAACCUCGACCAUUGGCUGCUCAAGCAUUGGCAUUAAGAGAAAGCAUUGAAAUUGGAGAACCUGCACAGCGUAAUGUGCACACAUCUGUCAAAGUUUCUAAUCCUGCUGGAGGUCAGAGCAGUGUCGUGUUUAGUGAAGAACCUGUGACCAAGACAGCAAAGAAGAUUCAUAACCAGAAAUUUGCAGAGCUGACUGGGAAUGAUAUUUUCAAGGGGGAUGCUCCUCCAACAUCUGCUGAGAAACCUUUGAGUUCAGCAAAGCUUCGGGAAAUGAGUGGCAGUGAUAUUUUUGCUGACGGGAAGGUGGAGGCUCGAGACUACUUUGGUGGAGUUCGUAAGCCUCCUGGUGGCGGCAGCAGCAUUGCAUUGGUGUAACCUGUUAGGUUUUAACAUGUCAACCGGAGCUAUGGACUCUCGGCUAAUUGGUUUGUAUGUCCAUAAAUCUGUCUUUUCUGGGGGUUUGUCUUACCUAUUGGGCUCAUUUUAUAUUAUGUUGCUUGGGAAGCUCAUUAAGUGUUACCUGUUGCACAUUUGAACUAGACAUAAUGAUAAAUUGUUCUGUGAUUUGCAAUCUAGUGGCAUCAUAUAUUUCAUUCGAA